GAUACUCUUUGACUUUUCCGUCAGAAUAAGAAAGUAGGACAACAACUCAAAAUUUUUGUUAACAAGACCUGUUCAAGAUUUAUUUGAAUUUCAACCUUAAAUAUGUCGGACAAGAAUUUGACAGCUAUCCUAUAUAAACAAGGAGACAUUCGUUUAGAAGACAAAGCCAUUCCAGAACCCCGGAGAGGACAGGUACAGUUAUGUAUGCAAGACGUGGGGAUAUGUGGCUCAGAUGUACAUUACUGGCAGCAUGGUGCUAUUGGUGAUUUUGUUGUUAAAGCUCCCAUGGUACUUGGGCACGAGGCCGCUGGUGUUGUAAGCAAAUUAGGCGAAGGUGUCACUUCUCUGAAAGUUGGUGACAGAGUGGCUAUAGAGCCUGGUGUACCAUGCAGAUGUUGUUCAUAUUGUAAGAAAGGCCGCUACAAUCUGUGUCUAGACAUGAAAUUCUGUGCCACGCCCCCUAUCGACGGGAAUCUUGCCAGAUUCUAUGUACAUGAUGCAGACUUUUGUUUCAAAUUACCAGAUCAUGUGAGUACAGAAGAAGGAGCUCUGCUGGAGCCAUUGUCAGUAGGUGUUCAUGCAUGCAACAGGGGAGGUGUUACACUCGGUAGUAAAGUGCUCAUUUGUGGUGCAG